AUGUCGUCUCAAUUAAAGCAAAUCUGUAAUACAAUUUAUCGCGAACAAGUUCAAAGUAUUCGUGAUUUAACAUCAGGACAUUUGAAUGAAAAUCAUCUUUAUCAUGCACGUGAAACAAUCGAUGGAAAGCGAAAACCAACAUGGUCAUCUUCACAAAAACCUCAUCCGACUUUACGACCGUCUCAUCGUUUGAAAACGUAUUCGAAUACUGUCGAACAGAUGAAAGAUUGUCUAGUAGAUUUCACAUAUGUCUCACUUCCAGAACUUCCAAAAAAACAAACAUCGAGAGCAGAUGAACAACCAUCAUUAUCGUCGUCAUCAUCAUUAACCAUUGAACAACUUCCACCGAUCAAUAAUCAACGUAUACAUGUACCAACGUUUUCUAUUGAUCUAUCUGAAGAACAACGAGUGCGAAAAAUGAAAACAUUCAAUGAUAAAGUGAUACAAAGUAAAGAUGUGAAUCUGCACGGUCUGGGAUACAGUGAAGAUUUCGUUGUACAGGUUGAACAAACGCUCCUAAGAAAACUGUCAGCCGUCGAUGGUCAGAAUAAACAACAAACAUUGAGUUUGAGUCGUCUUCAAGCGUAUGGUGAUGCGUUAGGUCAACUUACUCAAGGUUCAGUCGCCUUUGGACCUGUUUUAGAACGUAUCAAAGACGAAUACGAAUUAUAUCUUGAUCAUUUACUGAUUAAUCAACCUGAACAUGGUUCACAUAUUGCUGAACAAUUGAAACGGUUACGACAAGCUCAACCACGGUUCUCAGCAACGAGUUCAGAGCUAUUUGAUAUCAAUAAAAUCGAAGAUCGAACUAGACAAGCCAUUGAACGCAAUCGGCAAUUAAAAGAAGAACUUAAGCGAGCUAAACAAGAACGAAUUCAAUCAGAAAUUGAAGCAUCGAAUCGAAUGAAAAAUGUAUCAGUAGGAUUUCGAGUUAAAAGUCAAGCUGAACUGGUUGAUGAUUUACGACAAAAAAUAUUCGAUUUACUCGAUGAGAUCACUAAGAAAAGACAAGAAUUAAACGAAAGUUAUGUUCACAUCUCUGUGUGCUCAUUACUACAACAAGCGAUUCGAGAUACACAAAUGGUAGUGUUGAAUACAAGUAAAGACAAUGAAAGAUUGCUGGUUGAACUUGAUAAACUGGAGCAAAAGAUACGAGAAGAAGUUCUUACAAAUGACCAAAGUGAAUUUACCGAAGAGCAUGUCGAACAAAUUAUCGAAUUGGUGAAGAAAUUGGAUGUGUUACAUAUGAAGAAAGGAAUCUCCGGUGAUGAUGAUGCUGAUAAUUCGAACUUUUUACAUACUUAUGACGACUAUUUUUCAUAA